GUUACUCUGUUGCGUUUGUGUGUUUUGUUUGAUUUGCAAUCAUGGUUGCUUAAGAUUCGUCGCCGAGCUUUCCUCUGCAUGUUCUUCGUUUAAAUAUAAAAAUUCUCCUUCUGUUUCUCAUUAAAUAAAUAAAUAAAUAUAUAUCUCUGCUGAUAUAUAACAAGUUGAAACAGAAAAAAAGGUUGAUUUCAGUUUACAUUCUUGUUCUCAAUCCGAUUCCGUUGGCCAUUUACGGCUUCGGAUUUAAGGGAGGAAUCGGGAAUUCAACUCGCUUUGAUUCCACUCAAAAACCAGCUUGAAGAAUUCAAUUCAAAGGGAGAGAAUUGAGGUGGUUUGGUGACUUUGGUCUGAUGAGAUGGAGAGAUUAAGCUAUGGAGGAGGAGGGGGAGGGAACUUCGGGUACGAGAAUGGGGUGGUGAUGACGAGAGACCCGAAGCCUCGGCUGAGAUGGACGGCUGAUCUUCACGACCGAUUCGUCGACGCCGUAACUAAACUUGGUGGCCCAGACAAAGCAACUCCAAAGUCUGUCCUGAGGCUGAUGGGUAUGAAGGGCUUGACAUUGUACCAUUUGAAGAGCCAUUUACAGAAAUACAGGCUAGGACAGCAGGCCCGGAAGCAAAAUGCAGUAGACCAAAACAAAGACAAUGGUGGGAGUUCGUACGUACAGUUUAGCAAUCAUUCUCCAGGGACUAUCACCAAUUCGCCAAGAGCUGACAAUGAGCAACGACAAAUCCCAGUGGCAGCUGCAGUGAUCACCCCGCUGGAAGCACAAAAGACACUGCAAGAGCAACUUGAGGUGCAGGAGAAAUUGCAGAUGAGGGUAGAGGCACAAGGGAGGUACUUGCAGGCAAUACUGGAGAAAGCCCAAAAGGGCCUCUCGUUUGACAUCAACUGUGAAGGGAAUGUAGAAGAAACAAGAGCAGAAUUAACGAACUUCAACUUGGCUCUGUCGAGUCUCAUGGAGAAUGUGAAUGGAGGAGCAGACAGGAAACCGAACAUGGUACAGAUGAAUGACGUUCCCAAGAAGGCCACCAGCUGUUCUGCUUUCCAAAACUAUGGGGUGGGAGAAAGAGAGCGAAACAAAGAUGUCAAGCUUAAAGUUGAAGGAGAUUCCAUAAAUUUUGACCUAAACACCAAAGAUAGCUUUGAAUUUGUAGCUGUAAAUGGAAACGAGCUUCAAUCGCUAAUGUUUUCAUAUAAGAGAUGAAAUUCAAAAAAAAAAAAAAAACAGAUCUCCCAUUAGUUAUGAUUUCAGUUUA